CGGGGGGAUGCGCCGCGGCGGCGGCGCGGGCACUGGGGCUGGUGUUUGGCCGCGCCAGAGCAGCGGAUCCCGGUGUCGCCGCGGCAGCAGCGCUGGUUCCGCGCCGGCCCCAAGACGCCGUACCUUUCAGCCCCCUACUUUUUUUUUUUUUAAAUAACCGGAACCAAUGAACGCAGCUGGCACCCGAGCUCUGGAGGCCGCCGGUGCCGAGGGGACCAGGCUGGCGCCCGGCGGGAACCCAUGUCUGAGGCGGCGGGGGCGGCCCGCGGUGUCACCCGCGGCGGCGGCGCCUUGCGAAGCGGGCGGGUGGCCGGCGGCCGGGUCGCCGCCGCGCUUUCCCUUCAUUUCUCAUCCCGCCGCGACUCUCGGCCCGGCCUCGGGCUGGUUGCAGCGGCAGCGCUGGGCUGCAGUGCUGGUGUUCGGGCUGCUGGUGGCCGGAGCGGCGGACGGAUGCGAGCUUGUGCCAAGGCACCUCCGCGGGCGGCGGACGGCGGGUUCUGCCGGGGCAGCCGCCUCUUCUCCCGCUGCGGCGGCGGGCGGCAGCUCGGCGCUUCUGACAGAUCCCUGUAUGUCACUGAGUCCACCAUGCUUCACAGAAGAAGAUAGAUUUAGUCUGGAAGCUCUUCAAACAAUACAUAAACAAAUGGAUGAUGACAAAGAUGGUGGAAUUGAAGUAGAUGAAAGUGAUGAAUUUAUCAGAGAAGAUAUGAAAUAUAAAGAUGCUACUAAUAAACACAGUCAUCUGCACAGAGAAGAUAAGCAUAUAACUGUUGAGGAUUUAUGGAAACGAUGGAAAACAUCAGAAGUUCAUAAUUGGACCCUUGAGGACACUCUUCAGUGGUUGAUAGAAUUUGUUGAACUCCCUCAAUAUGAGAAGAAUUUUAGAGACAAUAAUGUCAAAGGAACUACACUUCCCAGGAUAGCAGUUCAUGAACCUUCAUUUAUGAUUUCCCAAUUGAAAAUCAGCGACCGAAGUCAUAGACAAAAACUUCAGCUCAAGGCCCUGGAUGUGGUUCUGUUUGGACCUCUGACACGACCACCUCAUAACUGGAUGAAGGACUUCAUCCUCAUAGUUUCUAUAGUUAUUGGUGUUGGUGGAUGCUGGUUUGCUUAUACACAGAAUAAGACCUCCAAAGAGCAUGUUGCAAAAAUGAUGAAAGACUUAGAGAGUCUCCAGACUGCAGAGCAGAGUUUAAUGGAUUUACAGGAGAGGCUUGAAAAAGCACAGGAAGAGAACAGAAAUGUUGCUGUAGAAAAGCAAAAUCUAGAGCGCAAAAUGAUGGAUGAAAUCAAUUAUGCAAAGGAGGAAGCUUGUCGACUGAGAGAGCUAAGGGAGGGAGCUGAAUGUGAAUUGAGCAGACGCCAAUAUGCAGAGCAGGAAUUGGAACAGGUUCGAAUGGCUCUGAAAAAGGCUGAAAAGGAAUUUGAACUGAGAAGCAGCUGGUCUGUUCCAGAUGCACUUCAAAAAUGGCUUCAAUUAACACAUGAAGUAGAAGUACAGUACUACAAUAUUAAAAGACAAAACGCUGAAAUGCAGUUAGCUAUUGCUAAGGAUGAGGUUGCUGCUUCAUAUCUGAUUCAGGCAGAAAAAAUAAAAAAGAAGAGAAGCACUGUCUUUGGGACUCUGCAUGUUGCACAUAGCUCCUCUCUAGAUGAGGUAGAUCACAAAAUUCUGGAAGCAAAGAAAGCUCUUUCUGAGUUGACAACUUGUUUACGAGAACGACUCUUUCGCUGGCAACAGAUUGAGAAGAUCUGUGGCUUUCAGAUAGCCCAUAACUCUGGACUCCCCAGUCUGACAUCCUCCCUAUAUUCUGAUCACAGCUGGGUAGUAAUGCCCAGAGUCUCCAUUCCACCCUAUCCAAUUGCUGGAGGAGUUGAUGACUUAGAUGAGGAUACACCUCCAAUUGUGUCGCAAUUUCCUGGGACCAUGGCUAAACCUGUUGGGUCACUAGCCAGAAGCAGUAGUUUGUGUCGCUCGCGCCGCAGCAUCGUGCCCUCCUCGCCACAGUCUCAGCGAGCUCAGCUUCCUCCACAUGCUGCCCUCGCCUCACACCCUCGGCAUUCCCACCAGCCCCAGCACACCCAGCACUCGUUGCCUUCCCCUGAUCCAGAUAUCCUCUCAGUGUCAAGUUGCCCUGCGCUUUAUCGGAAUGAAGAGGAAGAAGAGGCCAUUUACUUCACUGCUGAGAAGCAAUGGAGAAGGUGUGUGUACAUCAGGAACUGGGAAUUUGGAAGCCAUCUCAGAAUUCUGCCUCCUGUGGAGAUGGAAGUGCCAGACACAGCUUCUGAGUGUGACUCCUUAAACUCUUCCAUUGGAAGGAAACAGUCUCCUCCUUCAAGCCUUGAGAUAUAUCAAACAUUGUCUCCUCGAAAGAUAUCAAGAGAUGAGCUCUCCCUAGAGGAUUCCUCCAGAGGAGAUUCACCCAUAACUGCAGAUCUUUCCCGGGGCUCUCCCGACUGUGUAGGUCUGACAGAAACAAAGAGUAUGAUCUUCAGUCCUGCAAGCAAAGUAUACAAUGGCAUCUUAGAGAAAUCCUGUAGCAUGAACCAGCUUUCUAGUGGCAUCCCAGUGCCCAAACCUCGCCACACAUCAUGUUCUUCUGCUGGCAACGACAGUAAACCAGUUCAGGAAGCCCCAAAUGUUACUAGGAUAAGCAGCAUCCCACAUGACCUGUGUCAUAAUGGAGAGAAAAGCAAAAAGCCAUCAAAAAUCAAAAGCCUUUUUAAGAAGAAAUCCAAGUGACCUGGCUGACUUGAUGGAAUUCUGUCCAGUGGCAUCUGUAAACUUCUCCUAUCCUCACUCCCUGCUUUUUGUUUUAAUUUUAGGAAUGUAACUCCAUUGGGGCUUUCCAGACAGGAUGCCAUAGUGGAACGUCCUUAAGGGCAACUGUCUACUGUCUGCUUAUUUAAGUUGACUGCAUAAUCAAUUCGUCAAGCCAGUUAUUACUGAAAAAUCUUAAGAGAUGAGACAGUUUACAGUCAUUUCUGCCUAUUUAUUUCUGCUUUGUUGUUAGUGAUAUGUAUACAACAUUUUGUUGAAAGCCACUAUGGACUUACAAGCUUUAAUGGACUAGUAAGCCAGCAUGGGCUUGCAAAAAUUUCUUGUUUACCAGAGCAUCUUCUUAUCUUUCCACAGAGCUAUUUACAUCAUGGACUAAAUAACUUAAAAGACAUAAAACUAAUUGCACUACUCUUUUCCAGACUGGAAAAAAAAAAUGUCUGCAAGUGAAACUGUAUAGAGUUUAUAAAAUGACUAUGGAUAGGGGACUGUUUUCACUUUUAGAUCAAAAUGGGUUUUUAAGUAGAAACUAGAGUUUCUAAUUGACUUGAUUUCUGGAAAUGAAAACCCACGCUUUUAUUAUGGGACGCUUCUUUAAAUGCAUUUAUUAUUAUAAAGUUUCAAGUCCUGCUGUAAAGAUCAUGUUGUUUUGUUUUCCCCAGGGCUUUCACUGUGAUUUACUGCAUUGCAGGCUGUAUGAUAAAAUAGAAAUAAUUUAAAGAGAGAAGGCUCUUGAUUCCUUAUGCAAGUAAAAGAGUUGAAACUUGAUUGAAGGACUUAAAACAUUCACAAGCUUAAACUGAUGUCGGGAUGUGGGGGUUCCGGCACUUGUUUACAGACUUUGAAUAACGACAAAGGAUUUAUGGCUUGUGAAAAAUUUGUACUGUGGAAAAGAUAAUAAAUUGGAGACAUUAUUGUGUGGGAUUGUGUUGAUCUUUGUUGAUAACACUCCUCAAAAAACAUUAUCUGUUUUCUGGAGAGCUUUGUAAGCUGUCUUGUUGCUUAAUUGCAAUUUAAGAAAUAGUGAUGUUUGGAAGUAAGUUGUCAACAAAUGUCUUUCUAUUUUAUAUUGUUUGUCAUAUUUUUAUGUAGUUUGAAAUGUUUAAAUGUUCUAAUAUCAAGAUUAACAAAUAUAAAUUUAUGGUGCAUUUA